AAAAGCGUCGAUAGCUACCAUAUAGUCAGUCAGUUUCACGGGGUGAACGUCGAUGCGUGUGUUUUGCCAAAUAUUUUUUUUUGUAUUUAGACUAAGAAUUGUAACCAAAAAGAUUGUGCGAUAUGAUAAUAUUUGGACAAUAUGAUUAGUAUUUUUAUUAAUGAAAGUAUGCUAAAGAAUAUGCAAAAGAAGAGAUGUUUUCGAAACGAAAGCGACGGUCGGUAAAAUCUAAAGGGAGCAGGCGUGGACUGCGAGUUCAAGUCGGGCGUGGGGAUGAACUCUACGGGGAAUGCGAGAGGGAGGAGGACUGGGGCGCUUCCUGUGGUUGGCACUAGCCUAAAAAAGCUCCAUAAACAGAAUCGCGGCCGAAUGUCUUUUCAAUGCAACGAAAAUGGUGAAGUGUGGGAAAAAGUGGGCAUUGAGUAAAAGCUUCGACAGCUCGAACCAUGACAGAGGCGUCGGAGGAUGGUAACUAUUUAGUGAGGGUUCGUGCCCAGGUAAUGACAAGGGAUGAUAGUUCAGGUGGUUGGGUUCCUCUAAGUGGCGGUGGUUUAGCAAAUGUUUCGGUUAGACGAAGACCAACUUCUUCAGGUGGACAUCAGUCUAAUAAUACCAAUGGAUCUGGUAUUUCUACUACGACUGCCUCUACUACCAACACUACACAAUCUGUAUCUACUACAAGUAUCACUAAUGCCCAAAGUCAUGGAUCUUCUAAUAGUUCUCCACCUGGUGCAAAAAAAAGACAUGAAUACCUUAUUUAUGGGAAACGCAUCACUGAUCAAUCAGUUGUUCUUAGUUGUACAAUUAAAAAAGAUUUUGAAUAUAAUAAGGUAAUGCCAACUUUUCAUCACUGGAGGACAGGAGAGAAAAGAUUUGGACUAACAUUUCAAACAGCUGCAGAUGCAAGAGCUUUUGAUAAAGGUGUUCGUACAGCUGUUGAAGAAUUACUAGAAGGACUGACCAAUUCAACAUAUGACAAUUCAUUAGAUGCUGGUGAUGAGGAUGUUUUUAUGACUUUAAACUUACCUGUGGAACCACCAGAAUCACGUUCAUCAUCAGAUACUCCUCAUGGAAUACGAGUGCCCAAUUAUCAAUCCCAGUGUUCAGAUCUUCCUGAUUCCCAUAAACCUAUUCAUUAUAUUGGUGGACCAUCUAUAAAAGUGCCACCAUCUCAGCAUCCUUUGGCAACAACUGAAGAUGUUGGAUCAGAUAGCUACUCUUAUGUGCAGCUCACAACACUUAAUCAUGAAUAUUUAUAUCCUAUCAUCGGUGAUCAUAAAGGAGAUCGAUUAAAUAGACAUAAUACCAGCAGUUCUUUGAAAAAACCAGAUAUUAUAGUAUCUCAACCUUCUAAAAAUACUAUGAAACGUAACGUUCGAUUACGAUGUAAACAUUGCCAAGAAUUAUAUACAGAGCAGCACAAUCCUAGGGGAUCUUGUGAAUAUGCACCUGAUCCUAUUAGACGAGGAAUCGCAAAAAUUUCGUGUCUGUCUUGUGCUCAGGGUAUGUUAUAUCACUGUAUGAGUGAUGCUGAAGGUGAUUUUGCCCAAAAUCCUUGCAGUUGUAGUACAGAAGAAGGAUGUGGACGCAGAUGGUUUGGUUUGGCAUUAUUAUCACUGAUCGUUCCUUGCUUAUGGAUUUAUCCUCCACUAAGAGCUGUUCAUUGGUGUGGCACGUCCUGUGGCAUGUGUGGAGGACGUCACCAUCCGAUGGAAUAACUGGAGGAACCCUUUGAUAUCUCUGCUCCAUACUCAGUUCAACCUACUACUGAAUCAACCAACUUUUUUUCAUCACGUGGUGCUGUGGCUAAUGUGUAUGAAUGUCAUGAUCUGAGUAUGGGUCGUUGUCAGAGGUAUCAAAGGGGUAGACAGCUUCCAGUACAUGCACUUAUCCAUCAGCGUCAUCUUUGAAAUAAUUUAUUUCAAACAAACCAAAAAAGAUAUGAGCACAAAUUGUCGCAUUUAGCUCUGAAACCAUGUAUAUUCCAUACAUUUUGUAUAUUUUAUUAGCAAAUGCAUUAUUUAGACACAUCUGUACAUUAAACAAUUUGGAAUGGACGUCGUUUAGUAUUUACUCUGAAUGAUUGGUCCAAUAAUAUUAUCUGGACUGACCAACUAUUUGUGAUACAUGGUGCACACUGUGAGAAUUCAGUCAAGAAAAGAGAUGUAAUUUGUUAUUCCCAGUUUGAAAGCUAGUUUUCGUCUCGUAUGAAAAUGACAAGGAAAAUGUUUGCUAUAUUAUAAGAUUAAAUUUUACUGUAAUUGUCAAAAAAGAGAAUUACAGAGAAAUAAAUUAAAAGUUUUUAUUCUAUUAUAAAUAAAUUAAAAAUAUUAUUUAUUAAUUUUUUUAUACUUUAAAUUUCAUUAAAGAAUUGAAAAUAUUGAAGUUUUAUUAUUAUAAUAUUACUAUUAUUAUUAUUAUAUAAUAUUAUUUGAAUCGUUUUCUGUUUUUUUUUAUUUUUAAGUAAGAUCUUGUAUAUUAUUUGUAUAUUUGAACCCAGUGUUGAGACAUUUAUGUUAUAGUAUUUUAUAUAAUUUUUCUACAAGAAAUAAUUUGAAUUAAAUUCAAUUUAGUUAACAAGAUGUGCAAAAUGUGUGUGUAUGUUUAUAUUUUAAAUUUUAAAUAUUUAAUAAAAAAAAGUACACAGAGAUUUUUAAUCUGCUUCAGUAAUUAGCACAAACUGGUUAAUAAAAGCUAGUUGCACUUUCACAAAUAUGUAUGAAAUUCAUGAUUAAAUUGUCAUCAUGUUUUAUCAAAAAUAUUUAUAAUCAUUCAAAAAUAAUUCUGAAUAUCUAGUAGUAAAUAAUUUUGUUCACUGAUAUGCAAUUUCGUUUUUAAGGUCCUUUCGUAUUGUGCUCUUUGUAUCUGCAAAAUAUUAAUAAUUAUAUAAACUCUAUAGUCAAGUUAUCUGUUAAAUGGAAUUUCUUAUACUACUAUGUUGGCACAAUAUUAAAUGCUAAAUAAUAUCAGUAUUUACUAUUUACUAGCAUGGUACUUUUAGUACUAUUGAUCUUAUUGUUACUUCAUACAUACUGAAGAUAAGCUUAUAAAACUUUAAGUAUAUGUAUUGUCAGUUUGAGGCUUAUUAUAUAUUGGAAUAAUACUUUCAGUUUAAAAUUUUAUCAUAUUAUAAUUAUGUAUAUAUUAAAAAGAUAAUUUAUAUUAAAAGAUAAUUUUAUGCAAUGUUUGCAUGAAAUUGUUUACAAAUUUAAAAUUUUCUAUUUUAUAAUAUAUUAUAGUUUUCUAACAUACAUAUUUGGCAUUCUUGAAAAAGUUCUGAUUUAUUGUAUUAUUGUAUUAUUUUUAAUUAUUUUUUUUAACUGUAUUAGUACCCAAGAAGUAUUUCAUUUUAUUCUAUGUAUUUUACAAUGAUUGAUAUGGAUUUUUUGGAAUAUAUUUAUAUGAAAAUUUUUUUAGCAAUAAUUCUGCUUAUUGAUGAUUUGAUUAUACAUUUUUUUUAAGUUUCAACUUCAUAAAUUAUAAUAUAAUUUUAUUCAAUUUAAGAAUUUAAAUUAUAUGUUUAAAUUUUAAUUUUAUUGAAAGAAAAUUAAUUCUGAAUUUAUCAAAAUGCUAUGAAUUAAGCAUAAUAUAAAAAUAUAGUUGUUUUCUUGUUCAUUUUACAUGACCAUAAAUAUUAAUGCAAGAAAACUAAAUAAUUUGAAAAAUUAAAAAUUCAAGAAUGAUAUAAAAAUUACAUAAAAUCAAUAAUUAUGUUAUGAAUGUCAUAGAAUCUUUUUAAAUUAUUUUUGAAAUGCAAUUUUUAAUAAAUAAAAGUGCAACUUUGGAAUAAUAAAAUAAUUUAUUGAUCAACAACUUUUAUAGACAUUUAGUUAUUAAAAAAAAGCAGUUAUUGCAAAAAUAUUUUUCAAAUAUACAUAAAAUGAAGAAUUAAUUAUUAUUAUAAUAAUUUUAAUUAUGCCUUGUGUUUCUAGUCCAAUAAUGAUAAUAUAUUUUUAAUUCAUUUUUUAAAAUAUUCUAUAUCAAAAUUGUCUUGAACUAAAAAUUUUAAAUGUAUCUAUAGAUUUUAUCUGUGUAAUUUUGUAAUUGAUUAAUAUCAUUUCAUAUAUAAUAUUGUAUUAUAUAUUUAAUUUUAAUUAUAUUUUUUUUUUUUUUUGAUUUAUAAUGAUUUCAAUUUUUUUAUAAUUCUUAUUUACUGAUUUUAUGUGACAUAGUUAAAUAUUUCAAACUGCAUUAGUGUAACAAAUUUUAUCUGCUAUGAGUUGAUUAAUUCAUAUAUUACAAAUACACUUAAUGGUAUUAAAAUAUUUUAUCUCUCUGAGCUUAAUAUUUUUUUAAAAUUUAAAUAUAAUUAUCAUAAUUUACAAAUACAUAUAAUUUUUAAUAAUUUUUAUUAUUAAAUAUAAUAUUAAUUCUGCUGUGUGAAAUAAAAUAUAUUUAAUAUCUUACAAUUAUUAAAUUAAAUUAACUACAAGUAUAUGAAUAUAAUACUUCUUUUAAUAGAUGAAAAGGAAAAAGAAGAUAUAUUUCAUAAUCAAAAUGCUUCCAACCAAAUGAUUUUAUUUUUAUAUAAUAUAAAAAGAUUAUAUUUAUAUUUAUUUUAUAAGCUCAGUGAGAUAUACAGAAAUAAUUAGGCUUUUUAUAUUGUAUUAUAAAUUGAUUACUAUUUGUCAGGAUUUGUUUUAUAAAAAAAAUUAUAGAAGAAUAUUAUUAUAAUAUUAUAAAUACUUUACAGAAUUCAUGACAGAAUUUUACUUAAAGUUUAAAUUAUGUAAAUAUUAAAUUAUUUACUGCCAUAAAAAAUUGAUAGUUUAAUUUUGAUAUUGAACAAAUUUCUUAUUUUUAUUGAGUCAAAGUAUUCCAUUAAUAUAUGUAAUGUAAACAGUUUUUUUCUAUAUAUUUAAUUAAAUAUCAUGAUCUAUUUUUAGUUAUAAAUAAGUACAAAAAAUUAUUUUUUCAAUAAGUCCGUUGUGAUGACUCAUACCAAAUGAGAUAUAUAUGUAAUCAUUUUGACAAUGUAGUUUUGUAUGAUAUUGUGCGAUUGAGCGAAUGUAUUUCUAUUUAAAUUCUUUUAAUUACGAAGUAUGACUGUAGGUUGCGAUUGAUCCGAGAUAUUACAACGUGUCUAUAAUUAUAGUGAUCAAUAAUGAACAGAAAAUAUAAAUAAAUAUAGUUUGUAUGAUAAUUAUAUAACAAUGUUGAUGAUGAUAAUUAUCGACACAAAGACAUGUGUGGAUGCAUAAAAAAAAGUGCAAAUUGCGUACGUAUAUAAAUAUAGGUAAUGAACGUGAGAACGUAUGCACAUAUAGAGAAUAUGUAUACACAAAGUUAUUGUGAAAGUUGUCAAACUGGGAAAAUGCAUAAAGGUGCCUGCCAGAAGUGAAAAACGUGUAAACACAUUAGUGGCAGUGCUCAAAUGCGAUCAGUUUGCAAAAAACUUAUAGAGUAUUUUCACUGAUGUAAAUGCUGCAAGAUUAACAAAUACAAUUUUAAUUCACGGAUUCAUUAUAUCAUAAAUGUUUAAAUCUUGUAUCAUUGUAAUUAAAGAUAUGUAUCAUAAUCCAAAUGUAUAAGAAAUAAAUAUAUUGUACCAUGACAAAUGUCAUAUAAAUCAAGUUUGUUGUUCUAAAAGUUUAUGAAAUACAUUAAAGUACAUUCUGAAAAUA